AUGCCAAAACGUCGCACCAAAGCGAAGAACACCACCGAUGCUAGUAAUUCCACACCAAGGAAACGCACUCGACGAUCGACUCGAUUGAAUACAGACAAUGGUGAAACAGACGAAGCGAAAGCACUUGAAAAAGACAACCACCCCAGCACCAAACCUUCUGACAAUGGAUCGCCAUUGGAAGCAUCGGCACCAUCAACACCACCACCACCACACAAUGGCAAUGACGGGCACUCCGAUUCGGAUAGCGAUGACCAUAUGGAUUGGGAGCAUAUUGACAUGUCAGCAGCACCCACGACAGCAGCCGAUAUGGAGGAGGAGGAGGGCGUAGAGGAUGAGCAGCCUGUCACCUAUCAAGAUGUCGAAGUCGUGUUUGAGGCGCCACGUGCAGUCUUAAAAAAAUCAAAAUGGGAGCAGGCGUAUGAGCGUAAUAUGCGAGAAUGGUUGAAUCACAGCCAUGUGGUGUUACUGGUUGCCCAUUUUGCUAUCCGUAACCGAUGGUGUUCUUCAAGUGAAGUACAGGCAGCAUCCCUUUCAUGUGUCCCCGAGCAUAUUCAACAUCAAUGUCGACAACAUGAAGAAUCCGAAAGCAAGUUUGCCGGUGCAAUCAAAGCACUACUUGGAUGGUGGAAAUCCUAUUUUAAGCUCACUGGCAUUGGACCUGUCACCCGUGCUUACGACGAAUUUGAUUUUCUCAACUCACAAAAUAUCAAUUGGGAAUCGGAUCAUCAGCCUAUUCAGCAAGAACUAGAGAAACGUGAUAUGCUCGAUGGAGAAAGUAUUACAAGCAGCGUGGAUCUUUUGAAGAAGCUUGUUGAUCAAUCCGGAUGCCGUGAUACAUCUGCUGAGCUCUUUGUGGCAGUGAUUCGUUCCUUGGGAUUUGAUGCACGUCUCGUAUGUUCAUUGCAGCCAGUACCCUAUCGCAUACCCACCACCAACAAACGCCCUUCAUCUUCUUCUUCUUCAAAGACAUCCCAAAGUAAUGAACCAAGUGAAGAUGAUGGUGAUGAUCAUGAUGCUAGUGCACCAAAGCGAAAGCCCAAAUUCCCGUUACGUGCUCCAAGACCACGAUUAGAACCAGGCCAAGAUCUGGAUGAGCAACUCAAGGCAACCAAAGGAAAGUCACCCACUGUAUGGGCUGAAGUAUACAAUCCUCAUCAUGGCCGUUGGAUAUGUGUUGACCCCAUACGGAGUAUCUAUGAUCAACCCAAAGCGAUGCAUCCUAGCAGUGGCGACAAGCAAAAUUUCUUGUCAUGUGUGCUUGCGUUUGAUCAAGGCAACCAUGGAAAAUGUGUGGAUGUGACACGACGUUAUGCACUUAGUAUCGCCAAAGCACGACGCUUACGUGAAAGAGAGCUCACCAAACGAGAAAAAGAGGCGGGUAUGAGAUCAUGGUGGGAUGGCUUUUAUCAUCGUAUACGACACGACAACAACAACAACAACGAUGACGACGAACGUUAUGCGCGUGAACAAGAAGAAAUGGAACGCAUGGAAUCAAAAGAACCGAUGCCAACAUCCAUAUCAGCCUUCAACAACCAUCCACUUUAUGCAUUGGAACGCCAUUUGAAGAAAUUCGAGGUGCUGCAUCCAAGAGAACCAGUACUAGGCCGAAUCCGCAAUGAAAUGAUUUAUCCAAGGUCUUGUGUCAAGCCUGUGCACACUGCUGAGACAUGGAUGAAACAUGGUCGUGUCAUUCGUGAUGGUGAACAACCUGUCAAACGCGUGAAUGCUCGUGCUGUCACCACCGAAAAGAAGCGUGCUCAAGAAUUAGCCAAGCAGGAAGGUCAUGUAUUACAAGUCGCAUGUUAUGGCGAAUGGCAGACCGAGAACUACACACCACCACCUGUAAUCGAUGGUGUCGUGCCACGGAAUAGCUACGGUCGAGUUGAUUUAUUCACAUCAAGUAUGUUGCCUAAAGGGGCAGCUCAUAUUCCUAUUCAAGGGAUUGGCAAAAUAGCUCGCAGAUUGGGUAUUGACUUUGCCGAGGCUGUUGUGGAUUUCGAGUUUGUGCGACAUCGAUCGGUUCCUGUUACUAAUGGCAUUGUGAUUGCCAAAGAGAACAAAGAUAUCUUACUAGAGGCAUGGGACGAAUACGAGCAAACAGAGUCCAAUAAGGCAAUUGAGAAGCAUGAAAAGCAAGUAUACGAUCGAUGGCGCAAGCUUAUUCUUGGUGUGUUGAUCAAGGCUCGGCUGGAACGAGAUUAUAGCAACCAUCAUCAUCCCAUCUCUGAACCAAAUGCAUCAUCGACCACCACCACCACCACCACCAGUGGGUAUGAAUCGUUCUUAAGGGACCGACAUCGCGAUGAAGAGUCUAGCAGUCAUGCUGUAGCAGGAGGUGGAUUUGUUGUAGAAGAGUCUGCAGCAGGAGGCGGGUUUUUACCUGAAGAUGAAGAAGACGAUCUAUAG